AUGGGGAAUGAGAUGCGUCGGCGAACGCAUUUGGUAUUCGUCACGCCCAUAUCGAGAGGAGUGGAGACGCCUCGUGCGUGUAUUUCGCACACCAAAAAAAAUGACCAGGACGGAAGCAGGCCUCGUGACCCUCGGCACAUUUACGCAAACCCACUAAGACCAGAGUUAUGCCUAGUUCUUGCUCUAGCCGUGUUUUGGGCAACAACAUCUUUCGGCGGCGACGACCGCCUUUUCCCUGGUAGCAACCAGUAUGAGCGCUUUCCGACGGGAGUGCCUCCACAUGUAGCCAUUUUAGGCAAGAUGAAGGCACUGUUUGAUGCCAUUCUGAAGACAAUGGAGCACGUCGAUGCCACACGGAUGGCCACUGUAAAGGACAUAAUAGGCGAGCUGGAGAAGCGUGCCAUCGGCGCUGGCACCGUGACUUCUACUUGA